AGGUGGAAGAACCGUGCCUUUAAAAGUCUCCCACUUGUAUUUACAGGGUCACGAUACGACUGCAGCUGCAAUAAACUGGUCCUUAUACCUACUGGGUUCUUAUCCAGAAGUCCAGAGAAAAGUGGACAAGGAACUGGAUGACGUAUUUGGACGGUCCCUUCGCCCUGUCACCUUGGAAGACAUGAAGAAGCUUAAAUAUCUGGAUUGUGUCAUUAAGGAGACUCUAAGAAUUUUCCCCUCAGUUCCUUUAUUUGCCCGGAGUCUUAGUGAAGACUGUGAAGUCGCUGGUUACAAAAUUUCAAAAGGCACAGAAGCAGUCCUCAUUCCGUAUGCAUUACACCGAGACCCCAAAUAUUUCCCAGAUCCUGAGGAAUUCCAGCCAGAGCGGUUCUUUCCCGAGAACUCUAAAGGACGCCAUCCCUAUGCCUACGUGCCCUUUUCUGCUGGACCUCGAAACUGUAUUGGUCAAAAGUUUGCUGUGAUGGAGGAGAAGACCAUUCUUGCCUGUAUCCUGAGGCGGUUUUGGGUAGAAUGCAAUCAGAAGAGAGAAGAACUCGGCCUGUCUGGAGAUUUGAUUCUUAGGCCAAAUAAUGGCAUCUGGAUCAAGCUGAAGAGGAGACACGAGGAACCUUAACUUUGUCCUUGAGACCUUAUCAUGAUGAAGAUCAUUCUGUAAGAAACAUGGUAUUUGCAAUUUUUAGAUUGUGAGCCAAAAACUCUGAAUCCUUGGGCAUGAUGUGUUUUCUUUUCCCCACUGAUCUUGGGACCCAGUCCAUCACAGAGAGGUUUUGUGUUUAUUACCAACAUAGAUGCCAUAUCACACCCACUCUUGAUCUCAAAGGUACCAUUAGCUGAGUUAGCACCAAAAUCAACAUAUAAUAAAAAUUAUAACAGAAGGAACCAUCAACCUAUUCAAUUUUAUUUGUUUUAUUCGAAAAAUGUCAUUUAAAUUAAAUUUUAGAAUUAAGAAAAUGAUCCUGUUGACUAUGAAAUUCAUAUGAUAUCAUUUGAGAAUGGUGGGUAAUUAAGCUCUUCAGCAUAGUGGCCUUAGGUUUAAUCUCAUUAGUUAUGAGAUAAGUAGUUGUCACAUCUCUUUCAGAUUCUAUCAUGCAAAACAUGUCCCUUGCAUGCCUGACUCAAGUGACAGUCACCUUGUUGACCGUGAGCAAGGAUCGUCUGUUCUUGGUGGAGUCCCAAUCACCUUUUAUAUCGUGUUAUUGGAAAAGAUUCCCUUCUACAACUUCCAAUCUCUCAUUGUACCUCAGAAGCUCCAUUAGUGGCCUUUAAAAUUCAAGUAGCAACAGAAACUCUCUGUUAUACACCAUUCUAUUAAGAGUAGGGGCAGCCAGGUGUUGGUGGUGCAUGCCUUAAAUCCCAGCACUCUGGAGGCAGAAGCAGGUGGAUCUCUGUGAGUUUGAGGCCACUUGGUCUACAGAGUGCAUUCCAGGAUAGGAUCCAAAGCAAUGCCCUGUCUUGAAACCCUGUCUUCAAAAAACAAAACAACAACAACAACAACAAAAACAAAAAAACAAAAACAAAAAGAGUAGGAACAUGGAAUAAAGGGAACAGUAAAUUUCUGUCCAAGUUCUUCUGCUAAUUGUGCUAUGGCUAGCCAUGAAUAAAAUGUCUACAGUGGAGCUCUCCACUCCCUGAUACACUUUUACCUACAAUAUACUUUGGCUUUGUGGAUCUCAGGACUGUAACUGGAUGGAUUAGAACUCAGGAUGCCGGCCCUUGGUGUGGGCAUGUCUUUUUUGUAAUUCCCCUACUUUCAGAGGAAGAAAGAAUCUAUCCUUUCCUAUUUAGCUACACUGUAAUAACACUUGGUUCAGGACUAGACAUCUAAUUAACUCAUCGGGGUAGAACAUCCCUGCCAAGCUGAUAACUGAAUUACAUUCCUUGGACUUCAAUUUGGUACAUAAUACUACUAAUUCUCAUACAAUGACUUUUAAGAAUUUCUUUUUAAUAAAUAAUUUUUAACAGGA